ACUCUCGGUGGCUGUCUCGUUCUCAUCUCACCACGAGGCGGAGGAGCCCGGAGCGGAGAGAGGAGAAGGGAUCGCGCGGCGGAGCCAAUCCCCCGCGGCCACCACCCGCGCCGCCGCCACCGCGCCGGGAUUUCAGCGUCCUGCUGCCACCCGCUUCCGCCUCCGCUCUCCCCAGUUCUGCAGGAAGAAGAGGCACUGCUCUUGUCAUGAUCCUCUGGUUAUGCUAACUCAAAUAAUUUAGGACCUCAUUAUCUUGUCCAAAUUCCUGGUUUCGGGGCAAGAUGAGUAGAAGAGUACAGAACGAAAAGGAUUCUAGGAGAAUCACUAGUGAUGGGACGGCUGCUCGCACAAGGCCUUUGAGCAUUCAGGAUAUCAUGUCGCGUCGUGAAAAGAAAACCGCUUCAGAAGCUAAGAAAACCAAGGAAGGGCUCGAAGAGAACAGUAAUGGUAAAUCCAAUCAUCUGGAAUCAGGAAGAGGGUCCAAAAGCAGAAAGGAUGUCAGAGAAAUGCCCUUGGAGGGCUCCAAAAAGGAUAAUAGUGAUAAACCAGGGGAGGGUUCCAAGAAGGAUGAAAUGAGACAUACGCCAAGGGAAGAGCGUAGAAAGGACAACAUGAGAGAUAUGCAAAGAGAGGUCUCCAAGAAAGACAACCUGAAAGAUAGGCCAAAAGACAUCUCCAAGAUAGAUAACUUGAAAGUUAAAGUGAAGGUCCCAUCGAAAGAUGAUCAAAGAGAUGCACCAAAGAAGAGCUCCAAGAAAGAGCGGUCCUCCACAAGAGAUGAUAGUCAUUUAGUUGACAAAGACAAAGGCAAUCAUAAUUCUCAUAAGCUUAGCACAUACACGAGUGGUCGAGUUGGCAAAAGCAGAGGUGGAAACCAUGGUGAGAUUACAGCAAGAGACGGUGAUGCAACAAUACAGGAAUCCCAAAAAAGACCUGGGAAAAGAUGGAUUGAUGAACCAGUUGGUAAUGAUAGAAUCAAGGAGAGGAGUGAGAGGCGAACUGAUGGAAAGAGAAAUAGCCGUGGCUUUGAUGAUGAGAAGAGUUCUCAGGUUGAUCGACCCACACUGAAGAAACAAGAUGCUGUGCGAUUACAAGAUCCCAGACAUUUUGAUAGAAAAGACGGGAGGAAAGAGAAUGCAAAACUGCACCAUGAAGAGCCCAGGUCAAAAAGGAGAAGGUCGACAAGCAGGGAUCAUUAUCAAGAAAGACAUGACAGGUCUGUCUCACCAUCCUCAAGAGAACAAAGGCAUAGCUAUCGUGGACAUGGCCAUGAUUAUUAUCCUCCAUAUCACUCCAUGGACAAAUCAAGAAGGAAGCAUUUUGAAACUGACAGACAUAGAACAUCUUGGAAUGAUGGAUACAGUAGUGGAUCUUACCGGAGAUAUGAAAGUCGGCUUGGUGGAUAUUCACCAAGGAAAAGGAAAACAGCACCAAAAGAUGAACAGACAACUAUCAAGACUGCUUCUCUGGUUAUUCGGUCUCCAGAAAAGAAAUCAGCCACAUGGGAUCAGCUUCCUGUGGCAACAGAUCUAUCUAAUUUUGUUACCACUUUGCAGUCAACGGUUGGUCUAAAGGAUUCCACUGUUCCAGUCAAUUUUACCACAUCGAAGCAGGACCCAAACACUACAAUUGGAACUAUAUUGACAGGGAGUAAUUUGGCUGUUGAUUCUGUCCAGCUGACACAAGCAACCCGACCACUCAGGAGAUUGCACAUUGAAAAUCUACCAAGUUUAGCCACAGAAGACAUGCUGAUUGGCUGCUUGAAUGAGUUCUUGCUGUCAUCUAGUGCGAGCCAUAUCCAGAGGUCCAAACAACCAUGCCUCAGUUGUGUGAUAAACAAGGACAAACGUCAGGCCUUUGUUGAAUUUCUUACACCAGAGGAUGCUACAGCAGCUCUUUCUUUUGACGGACGGUCUUUUGGUGGAUCUUCUUUGAAAAUUAGACGCCCCAAAGAAUAUGUUGAAAUGGCAGGUAUUUUAAUUGGGUAUGUCAUAAUUCACGUUCAGGAUGGUGAAGCAAAGGAUUUUUUAAGCAGGAUUCAAGGUGUAAUGUCAAUAUUAUGUGACUGCUGCUUCUUCCAGAAUUAUUGGUUGCUGAUUACACUGCUGGCAGAGUCCUUAUGGUGCUCAGUUCAUGGAAAAAUUAGGAAGACAGCUUGCACAACAUGGUUCAACAUGUUGCUCCUAAGAAGCCUUCUGAAGAGAUUAAAUUGAUAUCCGAUGUUGUUGCAGAUUCACCACACAAGAUUUUCAUCGCUGGGAUUUCUGGAGUGAUUUCAUCUGAGAUGCUCAUGGAAAUUGUUAGUUCAUUUGGUCCGUUGGCUGCUUACCGCUUUCUUUUUAAUGAAUACCUUGGUGGGGCAUGUGCAUUUCUUGAGUACAUUGAUCACUCCAUUACAUCGAAGGCAUGUGCUGGCCUCAAUGGGAUGAAGCUUGGUGGAGGCAUCCUAACUGCUGUUAAUGUGUUCCCUAACUCUACCGAGCAGGCUUUUAAUGAAGCUUCCCCAUUUUAUGGAAUUCCUGACAGUGCCAAAUCACUACUUGAAGAACCAACAAAAGUCCUGCAGCUAAAAAAUGUGUUUGACCAAGAAGAGUAUUUGCUACUCUCAAAAUCUGAGCUGGAGGAAAUAUUGGAAGAUGUACGUGUGGAGUGUGCAAGGUUUGGAGCUGUGAAAUCCAUAAAUGUCGUAAAGUACCCUGCUAGCAGUGACAACACUACAGGGGAUACCAUAACCGAGUGUGAAGAUGGAUCCACCAAGAUUGAGCCCAAAGAAUAUGGUGGCAAUGUCAGCUGCACUGAGACUGGAGUGGAAUGUUCUGUGUUGAAUCAGAGUACAGAUGUUCCUGAUCCUUCUAUUUGUGAGGUCCAGGAUCCCGUAGAGCUUGACACAGAUUCUAUUCCCAAGGGUCGGGACCACAAAAAUCUUGACACACGUGGCGAGUGUGAUGCACCUACAGCAGGAGACGAGAAUACUGAUCAAGGAGUGGAAGCUGAUCAGACAGAUUCUACGGAUGCUCAAGAUGAUGCUCGUGGAACUAUAGAGAGAGGGCAUGCAGAUGCAGAUCCGGCGUCCUUGGAAACUUCUUGUUCCACAGCACCUGGAGAUGGAGCGGACAAAUCUGGUAGGGAGAACGAGCAACAAGGUGGUGCUGGUGUGAGUGAAAGCAACACAGAGAAGGCACCUGCAGUUGAUGCUAGAGACAACGCUUUGGCUUCAAACACCAGUGCGCUCGAAGCUGGCUGUAUACUUGUAGAGUUCUUGCGCAAAGAGGCUGCAUGCAUUGCAGCUCAUUCACUACAUGGACGGCGUUUUGGCAGCAGGAUUGUCUCUGCAGGAUAUGCUCCACAUGAUCUUUACUUACAGAAGUAUCCGAGGUGAUUUCCAGUGCUGAGAUUCAGAUGUACUCUUUUUGGGGGGAAAGAUUGGAGUGUACUGAUGGAAGCUAAAGCUUUCGUUGUCCCAGUGAGUUUUCAUCAUGGGGAAAAGAUUCUGAUGAACUAGCCUCGUAGUUUUGGUCUUUUGGAUGCAUAGGCUGACAAUCUCGAUGAGUUUUCAUCAGAAUUGAUGUAUUUCUUUAUAGAAGGGUAAUACAGGGGUCAGUAGUCAUAGACUCGAUAGUUGUUUUUUGGGGCGAAAACAAUAUGGUACACGUGAUCAUUAUCUGAAGUUGCAGCUUGUAUUUCUUUUGCAACCAGGGAAAUAUGAACAUUCCCUUGUUCGAAUAGAUCAAUAUUGUUCAAGGUACUCUCUCUCAGGUAGACAAAAACAGCAGAUGUAGCCCAGGUGUUGGGGUGUUGGAUUGUGUAUUGGCAGUAACGUAUGGUGUCUUUUUGGAUUUGAGCAA